AUGAGCAUACAAUAUUCGAUUGAGGUCAAUAGCGAGCACGAGAACGAGGCAUACAAUAUUCAGAUCAAAAGCGAGCAAAGCAGGCAUACGAGGCAUUACUAUAUUCACAGAAGCAGAGUAGGCAGGGGCAUACCACAGGCGGCAGCGCAUGACCGGAGGCAAAUGCUGGAGGGGGCUCGAGCUGGCGAGCGGAGGCAGCUUCUUCUCGGUGGAGGCCGGCCGGUGGACUCGAGCUGGCGAGCGGAGGAGCAGCGAAGCGGAGCAGGAGGUCCGCCCGCCGCCUUCUCUCUUUCUCUCCCGGUCUCCCCUCGCCCCCCUCGCGGUAAUGGCUCAGGCGGUCGAUUUCCCGCGCGUAGGUCGCAAUUCCCGCGCCCGCACGGUCGAUUUUCGCCCCCUUCCCUGCGAAUUAGAUUAUGGCGUCCGCUGGAGAGCUCUAGGCGUCCGCCCGACGCCAUUCGUGCCUAG